UCCGUUGAAGUAAUCGCGCUCGAGUGCUUCUGUCUGUGCACACUGAUCGUUUCACCCGACGAUUCUGUGCAUCGAUUAUUCACGGCUGUGGGCUGAUCUGCAUCGAGCUGAUCCCGUUUGAGCGCUUUUUCCUGAUCACGAACAGCGCGAUUAAACACUGCAUCUGCAUUGAAGGUGCAGUAGAGAGUGCCAUGCAGGAAGGAGAGGAGAGGAAGUGAGGCGAUGGGCUGCACCUCAGCCAAGCAGUUGUCAUCUGUACCCAGUGAUGAAGAGGGCCGGGGUAAGGCCUACAGCAACGGAGAUGCCUUCUCCGAUGAGUACAAACUGAAAGGAGUUGAGAAGGUGAAGUACAUGCAUGGAGAAGAAGAGCGGACGAACACACGAAACCAAGAGAACUUGGAAAAGAGCACAUUUUUGCACAAGGGCAGGCAUAAAGAUGCCACCGGAAAUAGUAAUAAGAUAAGUAUCCACUCUUCAGAGAGCCAACAGGAGUUCUUCAGGAUGCUGGAUGAGAAGAUUGAAAAGGGACGGGACUACUGCUCGGAGGAUGAGGAUAUGACAUAGCAUGCUGAGAAGUUUGAUCUGGGCCAACAUUGAGUCAAUUUUAUCCCAAAGUUCCUUACAACUCCUUUUCAUGCCUCCUUACCCAACGGGUACUAAUCUUCAAGAGCGUGGGGUCAAGUGACUUUCAGCCCUAUUAUUCGCUCCGUUUACAAUCCACACUCUCCCAAAUGUCUUAUAGGUCAGUAUUUGACACUCUUGAGGACUAGUAUUUAAAUGGUAGGGGGCACAGAAAGGCCAUGGAUAAGGAGACUUGGGAUUUGGCCCAAGUUUUAAAUGGGAAAGCCAUUUUUAGACUGUUCCGCAAUCCCUUGCCUUACACUACCCAUAAGCCUUCUCCUACUCAUAGUCUACAUUCAGUGGAGAGAGCCAUGCAGAGAAUCCUGGAUUUUGCCCUCCCUUUGACAUGGACACUACACAUGGUGAACCAGCAGUGGAGAUGAUAUCUCCUAAGGAGGACUUGCUUACAGAGAGACUUACGUGAUUCUGUCCAUGCUUUUGAGACACAGGAAGUGAAAGAAAAUGGACUCCAGACUAUAGCAUUCCAGUUUUUUUUUUAAACUAUGUGAACAAGUAUUUUUCACCCACAGUGUUUUAUGUAUGUGUCUUUUUGACUUUUUUCUUUGAGUUAUGUUACAAUGCUCAGGACAGCAGUGCUGUAUGUAUCAUCACUAGAUUUGUUGUUGGAUGAGGGCAGUGCAGUUUCUUCAGGGCCGGUCUUGAGGACAUGUUGGGCGGUGGAGAUAGAUCACAGCAUCUAGCCAUGUUUAGAGACACCAGUUACAGUAUCUUAAGGUCAUGUAGUUUGCAGAUAGUCAUUUUGUUCUAUAUAACAGGUGGAUAUCAUACGUUCUCUUGACAUUUAUAUUCACGUUUAUUAAGUUGUAAACCAGUACAAGUUUCAAAACCAGCCUUCAGAAAGUUUUACAUAGAUAAGUUUUAUUAUCAGGAAGUGCUUCUUCCUUUUACAGUAUGACAGUAACUUGCCAUAGCCUUAAGCACACAGUGUUUUCUUUUCUGAUAUGAGACGACAGUAAGCCAUUAAUUUCUGUAUUUUCACACUAAAGUGAAUAAUAUCCCACAUGUAUGCUUAGGGUCUUUAUGUACACAGUUGGGCCAAACAAAGAUGCCAAAAAUGCAGUAAAUGUGAUGCCGAGUGAAAGAAUGAAAAAAUAAAUACACAUUGACCAACUAAACAAGGAUAAGCGAAGGCAUCUGGUUUAUUGAUGUUUUCCAGCUCUGUAUUAUUAAUGUUAAAAGGUUAAUUCACCCAAAAAUGGAAAUUGACAUUUACUCACAUUGAUCAGUGCACAUACAUGGAGCAAAUCAAAUAUGGUGAGCUUGCAUUUACCAUAUUUGAUGAGCUCUAUGUAUGUGUUUAUAUGUGAAUGAAAUACUGAAUUUAAUAUGUUCAUCAUAGAAAGUGAUCACAUCUCUUCAGAAGAUUUGGAUUGAACCACUUGAUUCAUAUGGAUUACUUUUGUUUUAACGUCUAAGAACUUUUUGGAGCGUCAAAAGUUUUGGUGGAAUGGACUUUUAAUGGAAACAGAAAUCUAUCAGAUUUAAUCUUGUGUUUCAAAGAUGAACAAAGUCUUCUGGAUUUGGAAUGACAUGAGGGUGAGUAAAUGAAGAUGGAAUUUAAACAAUAAAAAAAUUAUUUUGCA